UAAGCUAGUGGCACAACUGCAACCUUGUAGCGUUUUUAUCCUGCCACUUCUCUCAGCUUUAUAAGUCCAAUCUUAUCGCAGGCUUUUUACAAGAACAGUUUUGUCAAUUCGUCGUCUUUGCUGAUCAGCCAUUUCGUUCUGGUUUAUUCCUUUUCACAUUAGUCAUUUUUAACUAUGAGCGAGGAGGAGCAGGCACAGCAUCUGAUGGAAAAUGUCGGAUCAGUCUCCCCAUCAACGUCAAAACGACCACCGAGGAUGCCAAAAUGUUCUCGCUGCAGAAACCAUGGCUAUGUGUCGCCAUUGAAGGGCCACAAACGAUUCUGUAACUGGAGAGAUUGCCAGUGUCAAAAAUGCAAACUGAUUGCGGAGAGACAGCGGGUUAUGGCGGCUCAGGUAGCUCUACGUCGUCAGCAGGCACAAGAGGAAGAGAUGGGUAUUUGCAACCCAGUCAACCUUUCAAAUGCCGAUAUAGUGGUAAAAAAUGAGCCGUCUGGCGAACUGCUUUUCGCGCUUGGGGGCAGAUCACCCUCAUCGGCAACGACGAGUGCUGCCUCCUCUCCCUCUGCCGCUGGGGGUCGCGCUGCCCUGCCGUCCAGCCCCACAUCCGCCAGCAGGGGGCACUCUGAGGGCGCCUCUGACCUGGUGGUGGACGCCUCCUACUACAACUUCUACCAGCCCUCCCGCUACCCAGCAUACUACAGCAACCUGUACAACUACCAGCAGUACCAGCAGAUGCCCAAUGGUGAUGGGCGUUUGGCCGGACACAACAUGUCUCCCCAGUACCGCAUGCACUCGUACUACUCGGCCGCCUCCUACCUGAGCCAGGGCCUGGGCACCGCCGCCUGCGUGCCCCCCAUCUUCACCCUGGAGGACAACAGCGUCUGCCCUGAACCCAAGGCAGCCGUCUUCUCCCCUGGCCAGGACUCCGGCAUGGCCUGCCUGUCCAUCAACCCCAUGGCGCACCAGGAGAACAAGGCCGAGUGCGAGCCCAACUCCGAGUCCGGCGCGUUCACCGUGGACUCCAUCAUCGACGGCCAAGCCAAGUAAGAAGGCCCGCGCCAGAGCGAGCGCAGCCGCAGAAGUCACUCAAGCCCAGAUGUCAGACAUCCCAGUGGUGCAGCAUUACAGCUCCAUGUGGAUUUUGUUUGUUUUUUUUAAAAGUGCAGGUUAUGUUUUAAACAGACAAGUUCCUUUCUUUAUGGUUUGUUGCCUUGCGGAGACUAUUUUUAUGUCUGUUUUACUGUUUUUCCAUCUAGACGUCCAAAAGUAGAUCAAAGAAAGACUUAAUUGAAUUGUCAAGGUAUGACACAGCAUUACUCUGCUGAGUGAUCGGGGACAGAAGUUUAUAUAUCUGUUCUUCUACAACGGCAAUUAAUAUUUUCUGAGAAAACAAAACAACAACAACAAAAAAAAACUGAUUUAUUUGCCCCUCAGCAACCCUUCUCGCUCUCUCUCCUCCUCUUUCUCUGUCUUUCCUUCUCCUCAAACUCUCAAAACACAUACUUUCUGCCGAGCGAUGGCAUUGUAAAGAUUAGCUUUUUUCAUUUCAGUUAUUGCAUUCUCGGUGUGUGCUGUUUUUUUUCUUCUCCUAAAACCACCAUUACAGUUUGUCAGCGAGACCGAUGGCAUGUCAAUAUUCCGACAUUGUGUUUAUACCGAAAUGGCAGCGUAGGUUAGUCUCCAAGGAGGCUUGAGAAAAUGAGACAUUGAGACAUGAAUUAUGCCUCUCUCUCUACUCGAUCUCCGCCCAACGAGUGCGGCUCUUAUUUAUGGCGAGCGGCGGACAGCAUCAUUUUCACCUGGAUGAUAUGCAGCGGCAUCUGCCUCCGAGGAGCCUUGAGCUUCCUUGCACACACACACACACUCACACACACACUCGCUCAAGUUACUGUGCCAACUUCCUCUCAGCUUGUGUUUUCCCUUUGCUUCCUUUUAUUUUCUAUUAUGUUGUGUUCUUUUUAGCUUCACCUACCAUAUCCAUACGAGAUAUUUGUCACCUUGUUUACAUAAAACUUGAAUGAAAUUUGAAACAUGAAGUGAACUAAGACUGUUAACUCCAAUGACAGUAGGAGUGUUUCGCCAGAGUGUCUUGUGUAUCAACCUCUGGUGAAUUCCUAUACAAAUGUACAAAUGUGGCCCUGAAGCAAAACUGGAUGCAAACAAAAAAUAUAUAGAAACAAAUUGUAACUCAAUUUUUCAGUUUACAGUCCAUUCCCGUUUCCAUUUCAUCUCCAGUCACAUUACAUUGUGAUACCAGGAUCAUUUCAACUUUCUGUUGUACGAUCUACAACUAUCCGUCUGAUUUUUUUUUUCUUAUUUCAAUACACUCCCGAAAGUGUAUAAUUGUUUUAAAUGUUCAGAAGAGCUUACCAUAUUUCUGUAUCAUAGCUGGUUUGCUGUUUUGAAAUCAUGCCAUAACCUGCUGACCAAAAGUCAUGUACUGAAGCUUCAAGCUUUCUUAAAAAAAGAAGUGUUAAUGUUCUGUAAUGUUCUUCAAUUUUAGUCAUACUUUCAAGGUUAGAUUCAUGUGCUACUUUAUGUACGUAAUGAUGACAUUCUAUCAGCUUCCAAUAUUUUUACGUCUUACCAUGUACGUAAGUAGUUCUGUAAUUUGUAAAAGCACUUUCAGUGGAACAUUUUUUACUUUGAUUUUCUCAAGCACACUUGUAGGUGUAUCUUUUAAUAACUUAACAAAUCAGCCCUUUUUUUGGUUAGGCUAUGUUGAAUAUGUACUGUUUUAUUAGUAAAGGUUAUAGGGAUUAAAACUGAAU